GCUCGCUCCGGAGACCCCAGCGCCCGCCUUCUGCAGGGGAGACGACCUUGGUCUAGCUCGUGACUUGCCUGCCGGCUGCUUCCCCUUUUUUUCGAAAAAGUUGCCUUUUCCGAAAUCCUCGCGCUGACGUUUGGGGCCGUGGGGGCCGUAGCGGCGGUGCGUGCGUGUGCACGGGGGGCCGGCCACGCGGGGACCUCCGGCUGCCCCUUCGCCCCGCGGAACCGCGCUCCGGCCCCCGGCCCGGGACGUCAGGACUGCUAUGAGCCGCUGCGGGCGGGCCCGGCGACAGACGUCCAGGGGGGCCAUGGCCGUGCUGGGGUGCAAGUUCCCGCGCAUCCGGCUGCCCGUGGGCGCCAGCGCCCUCUGCGUGGUGGUCCUCUGUUGGCUCUACGUCUUCCCCGUGUACCGGCUGCCCGACGAGAAGGAGAUCGUGCAGGGGCUGCUGCAGCAGGGCACGGCGUGGAGGAGGAACCAGACGGCCGCCAGGCUCUUCAGGAAACAAAUGGAAGACUGCUGCGACCCCGCCCAUCUCUUUGCUAUGACUAAAAUGAAUUCCCCCAUGGGGAAGAGCAUGUGGUAUGACGGGGAGUUCUUGUACUCAUUCACCAUCGACAAUUCAACGUAUUCCCUCUUCCCUCAGGCAACCCCCUUCCAGCUGCCAUUGAAGAAAUGUGCGGUGGUGGGAAAUGGUGGGAUUCUGAAGAAGAGUGGCUGUGGCCGGCAAAUAGAUGCAGCAAAUUUUGUCAUGCGAUGCAACCUGCCUCCCUUGUCAAGUGAAUACACUAAAGAUGUUGGAUCCAAAACUCAUUUGGUGACAGCUAAUCCCAGCAUAAUUCGGCAGAGAUUUCAGAACCUCCUCUGGUCCAGAAAGACAUUCGUGGACAACAUGAAAGUCUACAACCACAGUUAUAUUUACAUGCCUGCCUUUUCUAUGAAGACGGGAACAGAGCCAUCCCUCCGGGUUUAUUAUACACUGUCAGAUGUUGGUGCCAAUCAAACAGUGCUUUUUGCCAACCCCAACUUUCUGCGUAGCAUUGGAAAGUUCUGGAAAAGUAGGGGAAUCCAUGCCAAGCGCCUGUCCACAGGACUCUUUCUAGUGAGCGCAGCCCUGGGCCUCUGUGAAGAGGUGGCUAUCUAUGGCUUCUGGCCCUUCUCUGUGAAUAUGCAUGAGCAGCCCAUCAGCCACCACUACUAUGAUAAUGUCUUGCCCUUUUCUGGCUUCCACGCCAUGCCAGAGGAAUUUCUCCAGCUGUGGUAUCUGCAUAAAAUUGGUGCACUGAGAAUGCAGCUAGACCCAUGUGAAGAGCCCACAUUCCAGGCUACUUCCUAGGGAUGGUGGAAGAAGAAAGGACUGAGCCAGGGUAUUUGUUAGGUUUUCCAUGUGACUCAAAGGGCAGUGAUCAGGUUGUCUCAUGGAUUUAUGUGUGCCACUGGAAAGAUGAGAAAAGAACAACAAAAACUCAAGCAGAACUUUACUUUUAAUGUUGGCUUGGAAGACAAAUAAGAAAUGAAACGUCCUGUGAAGCAUUUUACAGCACAUGGUGGAUUUGCAACUAGGAAAAUCCUGAUGACGAUGUUGGCAAAGCAUAUUUGUAUAGUUCAGAUCCAGAAGAUGCAAUUCAGAAACAAGGUGAACUCUAGCUGUUGAGGCUGACGAACUUAUCAACGUUGAAUAAAGAAAAUGCCAGGGCAAAAGUGUGUUGCUGAUGAUCAACACAAACUGGCUUAAUAAUAAUUCAAAAAGACCUGUCUUAUUAAGACUGGUAUUAGCACUGUAGGUGUUAAAAAAUUAUUAUUAUUUUUUGUCCUAUUUAGGGGCAGAGAGUGGGUGAUGGAGUAGAUUUUUAAAGACCUUAUUGAAUAGUAAGGAUACAAAACGCUGCAGCUGAUUAUUGUGAUUUGUUGAGCCAAUUCUAUAUUAACUAUACCUCUCUUCUGUUUCUAAAAUUUUAAGUAAGAAGUGUUUCUUCCUCUUCUGUCAGGUCUGUUUAGAUGAUGUGAAGCAUUGUUGAAUUUAGACUGUGUUGAUUCAUUGUCUGGGUAACAUGAGCCACUUUCCCUACUCAGCAUUAGGACAGAUAUUCAAUUUUAGGUUUGCAUUAUUAUUAUUUUAGUGCAAAAAUACUACAAAUGUAAGUGCAUUAUUGGCUUGUAAAUGAGCAUAAUUGUCCUCAAAAAUUUAAUGUUCAGAGAUGAAGUAAAGCACAAGGACGAAGCUGAGUCUCUGCAGAAGACAGACUAGAAGGCAAAUCAUUUUUCUAUGUAUUCACUCCAAGAUAAAUCAUACGUGUGCCCAGAUGCAGACAGAUGUGUACACACAUUACACAAAGUUAAAGCUCCUUCUCAUGUAACCAUGAAAGCUGAACUGACAUGACCUGGUACGGCAAAAAUUCUGUAAUCGAUGUUGGGCAGCCACAGUAUAUGUUCAUAUGAGACAAGCCAGCUUGUGGUUGCUGCUUAUAAUAUGCAUACCAGCAUGAGUUGCAAGUCUUACCCCCAAAUGCUUAAUCCAGAAUGAGCAGAAUUGUUUCAUUCAUUCUGACUCCCACCCAAAUCUGAUGAAUGGGCUUUGGGUAGAGCAAGGUCACACAAGUCAUGGUUCAUACAAGUAACGGGAUAUGAAUUAAUAACUCUUUCUUUCUUUAGCAGCAGGUAGGACUACUUAGGCAGUUUGGUCUAGCAGCCUUAACACACAGCAAGAAAGCUCUGUUGACAGAUUAUAAGCAACUAGAUGUGUUUACAUAUAAGAUAAAGAUAAUGGAACUUUCUCAUUGUCUUUGUGCUUUAGGAUAUCCUAAUCUAAAAGGAAACACUAAAACUCAUUAUCUUUAAAAUGUAGGUAAACUAUACAAAAAUGUUCUACUUCAAUUUUAAUGGUAGAAACUUAGUAAACUGUGGAGGUGAAAACAAGUGUCAUGUUUUUGUAGUGAGAUAACUUGCGAGAUAACAAGAUAACAAAGCCCUGUUUGAGGCUUUGUUUGAGUAGGGGAUUUCUAAAUGAAUGUUGAGUUAUUGUAGAAAUUAGCUUUUGUAAUGGUGACUGGUUGCCAUAACACAAAUUAUACUGAUACUUGGAAAAUUAAAAUUUUGAGAGUAAUUCCUUGUAAACUGGGUUGCUAUUUUGAUCUUAUAUAGCAGCAAAAGUGUAAUGGAAGGUACUGUGAAUGAGUUGUGUUAAAUAUUUAUUCAUGCACAGCCCUCUUUUGGGUAUAUUUCCUCUAAUGAACUAUUAUUUAUAGUAUUUACCUAGGAAAGGAAUACAUUUUUACCAAUAUACUUCAUUAAAAAUGUAAAAGGGCUACAGAAACUUACAUAAAUUAAUCAACUGUAUCCAUCAGAUUAGUACAUCAAAUUUUAAAGUUGUUAAAAUGUAAUCAAUGAGCUCAUAAAGUCGAUAUGUCACCUUUCCAUUGAAAAUGCUAUCUGGAAGUUUUGCAUCUAAGUAUAUUUUCUGGG